CUGACUUGCACGUUUUUGAAAAGCGCACCAUGUUAGUUUGAAAAUGGCGGAUGUGCAAACUUGUUACUUGAGGAAUCAUAACAUUACAUUUUUGGACGCAUUGUCGACUGUGAAAAUAAACGGGCAUUCUCGACGUCGUCGAUCCAACGGCUUGGAAGUAUUCCUGUAGUGAGCAUUAUAAAUCUCAUUAAAAUUAAGACAGCAUUUACGAAUGAUGGGUAUUCCCUAGAAAAGACGUCCAGCUAUUUUCUUCUUGAUCGUGCGGCGCAAGAAAAAAUAAAAGAGUGUUCCCUAGGAGGCACAUAUACAGCUGCUUCUCUCCCCUAUGACUCGUGGUGUCAACAAUGACAUUUGUUCGUUCGCCCGCAUAAUUUGCAAAACGGUAACCUCCGUACCAGCUCGUCGCGUGUGCAUUCACCUCGGAACGGGAGAAAAGCGAGAGCCCAGGAGGAGAUUCACGUGCUCUGGAACCCGAGAAGAGGCGGAGGAGUCGAAGAUUGAAUAUCGUGUUCAGAGUAGAGUAGCCCUUGGAAUCGAGUCAGUCUAUUUAAUUAUGAUAGCCAUGGAGCUGUUGUUCGGGGUACAAAUAAAUUCCGAAAUGGUCAUGCCAAUCACGCUCAGCGGCGUAAACCUGAAGACGAAAGUGGAGACGCUGAAGCAGGAAGCCGCGGAAAGGUGGAAUCUGCCCAAGGAUUCAUUUGAAUUUAUUUAUUGUGGGCUUGUACUUGAGGAUGACGCAACGGUGGAAUCUAUUGGAUUGAAAAAUGGAUCUAUGGUACAUGCAUUACAGAAGAAAGAACCAGAAUCAUCAAUAUUGAACAAACAUAUAUCAGAAGAUUGCAUAUUACAAUUGGCAUCGGCAUUUAAGUCUUUCAAUGAGACACCUGCGUUUAGAAGCGCUCUGCAUCGUUUAAGUAAAAGGCCAGAGGUGAUAGACAAUAUAAUUUCUUCUUCUCCUGGAUUACACGAGGAUGCAGUCGCUAUUGCCAUGUUACAGGAUCCUGAUUUAAUGGCGCAUUUCAUAGAUGUUGACACUGUCAGAAGAAUUGCAGAACUGCAUCCGGUAUUAAUUGAGGCGGCGCAGAAUAUCGCGGCGGCUGUGCACGAGGAAGCGCACAACGCAGCCUCCAGCGGCUCCUCCAGCAGUUCCGUGGCCAGUUCGCAGCCCACCACCGCACGUUCCUACAGUAUGGAUAGUAUGAGCCUCGAAGAAGAAAUGGCGCGUGACAUCGCUCACUUUUUCGCUACGCAGCCUGUAAACGAUAGCAAUUUGCGUUUUCCUAACGCGUUGCCGGCCGCAAAUUCACAGCGACCGGACAAUCCACCGUCCUCCACAUCCGAGAGCGCCAAUCAACCCCCGGCCGAGAAUCAGAGCACCGGCGUGAUAACGUCGCAGAUGUUCAUGGAAGCUAUGAGACAAGCCGCGCUGGCGACCAAUUCGAAUCCGCAGCAGCCGGUCACGUCGCCCGCGACCUCCUUGUCACCGGUGUUACCGCUAUUUUCGCCACCGAUCAACGAUCUGCAGCGGCAGUUGGCACAGAUGCACGAGAUGGGUCUUCAAGACGACACCGUGAACAUUCAAGCGUUGCAGUUUACCAAUGGCGACGUGCAGGCGGCCAUCGAACUCGUGUUUAGUGGUUUCUAUGAUAAUUAAUGGACAGGAACGAUGAAACAAGGUAAUAUAAGUGAUUACAGUUUGUACAAAUGGUGUCUCAGAAAAAACAGUGUUUUCCAGAUGAAUCAGCUUGGACAUGACACGUGUUCUCAAUUUGUAACAUAGGUUGAUGCUGAGUCAUAGAGAAUGUGUUCAAGAUGUUUGUGAAAUAUACUGCUUAACAAAGACUUUUUUAUAUAAUUUUUAAGGUACAUUGUUCAUUGAUGCUAAUAAUAUAGAAAGAUCUUUGAACUUUUAUCUUUCAAGAACUCGUAUAAAGACUUAUUCUAAUUUCUCAGAGUGCGAAAGAAUACGAUGUACUUCGUUAUUAACAUCGACGCAGAAAAUAUAUCAAGAAAAUUGAUGUUAUGUAUAUUAAGAAAGUUUUGUUUAAUGAAAUUCUACUUUUGCUAAAUGCUAUGUAUGAAUUUUUAUAUUUCCGACAAUUUUGCAUUUAUGUAUAUUGUUCAAGCGAAACUGACUUUUACUUCUUCCAUGUAACGUUUUUUUACUGUUACCAUAUGAAUGAACCAAUACAUUCGGACAUAUCACACAUAUGUUGUAGUUAUCUCCAAAUUCUAAUCAUUACUGAUAUAUAGUUUAUGAAAUUGUUAUUUUUUUUGUUUUUUUUUUGCAAAGUCGUCAAAUUCA